CAGUGGACCCAGACCCACCACUGUGAGUUUAAAGAAAUAUUGUAGUUACUUAUGAACUGCCGUAGGGUAAGGUCGUUCCAUUCGUCGUGCUUCAAGUGUUCUUGUUGUGUUGCAGUUAGCCCUGUUUGUUUGUUCCUGUGUGUUUAACGAUUACAAAUGUUUUCGUUCACAUCGUCGUUGGUGGUAUUCCUUUUCUAGUCAGGAUGAAUCGAGUUUCAAGCUAACUUGAUUUAAACUGACUAAGUUGAAUUUAAGAAUAACGGAUGCCGGAUAACGUGUCUGUCAGUGUGGAUCAACCGAACAGAAAUCAGCAUUCCACCAUGGCCACAUUUGAUAACCCUUCGUACUUCACCAUAUCUGGUCAGUCGCCGGUCGCCACAGCCACAUCGCCUACUGAUGUCGUCGAGUCGAUUGGAGCCAAACCAAAACGAUUCAAGAGUUGGUUCAAACUGCCCAAGAGACCUUUUCGAUCGAAGAUAGCGUUGAAUCAACCCGAAAAUGCCGAAAGAAUGUCAGAAAAUUCCCCGCUCUCUUGUGCUUCUCCCGAACCCGAAACUCAGAGCAAUCCCAAUGAUUUUGCUCACAGUGACGUCGUUUAUUAUAAUUUUUGUCCGACGACACAAGAAACUGUGGCUUCUGCGGACGUCAACAACGAUGACGACGUCUUUAGUGACACUUCCACCAUCAAAGGGAAUGGAUCGACACGUACACUCAGUCGACGGAGACAUUCUUUGGGUUCGUGGUUUCGUUCAUCGUUAGCCGCCGUUCGCAAACAUAACAUGGGUUCGUCAACCGCUUCUGGAUUGGAAUCUCACGGAACUGCUAUCGAACCAGCUGAAAGACCGUCUACUUCGUCAGAACGAGCGCUGUUGGCCCGAAACGUCUCUACAUCCGCCAACUGCGUUUCUUCAGCGUCUGCUCGAGAUGUUCGUACGCCCGAGAGGGGGCGGUCAACCGAGACAAAGCCGGGCAAACGAAGUCGAUUGCCGGUGGCGGUCAAAAGUCACGUCGAACUACGCGCACGUGCCCGUUACGCCCGCCAAGAGAAAUUGGUACGCGAUAACAAAGCCGUUUCAACGUCAAGAAUCCCGCGUGCAGUUCAAUCCCCGCAUCAACGACACCAAACAACUAGUCUCGAUCGAAGAUACACGAAAAGCACAGAAGUUUUAGCUUCGAAACCGGAAGACGUGACGUCACCAACGCCCCAGAAACCGACGGCUCCGACGGCGACGGCUACCGAGCAGUUGGAAGAGGAAGAUUCGUUCCAGCAAAGAGAAGACUCAUCUUCUUCGCGAAGAAAGAGCCUUUCUUCGGCCACGAGUCGUCAGAGAUUCGUUCAACGUAGCCGCACCAUCGAGGAUCGACAUCGGACCAGCUGCUGUGGGAGGAUGGCUGCCGCUGCAGCGUCGACGUCUUCUCGCGGUGAGCGCCGUCGCGCCUCAUUCGACGCCGCUAGCCCGUCGACUCACUCUCGGCGCCGUUGUCAGCGAUGUCGCGACAAAGCCGAACCAAUCGGAGCCGAAAAAGUUGAUGUCGUCAUCAUCUUCAGCAAGAAUUGCAUCGUGGCCUACCAAUGGAUCACCUACCUAACUGAAAUUCUCAGUAAAAUUUUCAGCUGUAGCGAUCGACCUCCUACACGAGUAACUUCGCGCGAUGUGGAAAGCCUAGUGGAUAGCAAAUCCAUAUCGCCAAGAGGCCAACGCCCUCGGCCACCCAAUCAGCCGUCAGCUAAAUUGCAGAAGAACGAAUAUCAAAACGUGAUGGCAGAAGAACAUUCGGAUGCAGAAAGAAAUGUCCGUCAACACGCCCUACGUAAAACGGUGGCCACCGCUUCUUUACAGAUAGUUCUGUUAUCAAAGGCGCUUCUCAAUCAUGUCGGCUUACACGCCAACGAUCCAUUGGGGACCAUUUUGCACCAUAAACGAGUUCUCGGACUAUUUCUCGGGGUCAAUGAAAGCAAAGAUAUAAUGCCACUACAUCGAUCAGCUCUAUGUUCCUUUGAUUUCUGGCCAAAAAUCACCAUGAUGGAUCAAGAUAUGAAAUCUGUUACCGAGUUUGGAAAGAGGGCGCAAGAAAUUCUCGGCCGUUCUCAGCCAGUUGUCCUCGUAGAAGCGAAUCUCCAACCGGCCCGUUUCAAAAUCACACCCAAGAAACUGCGAUCGGGUGAAGAACGGGUGACGUUAAUUCUGCUGGAAACCACAGAAAAUAUACAAGUUCUGGCCUCCAUUUAUGUGGGCAUUGAUUCGAAGAAAUCCGUCCGCAUCGAACAAUUUUCAUGGGUCAAUCCGUAUGUGGUUAACUUCAACAUGCCUAGAACGUUUCUCGAGCGGGGAAUUAUAGUCAAAGUCCAAUUAAAAGUCGGGAAUGCUUCAUGGGGUGUUCGUGACCUGAAGUGCCAAAGCAAAUUGGGUGAAAUAGCGGUUUUGCUUUCCAAAAACCAGCUGAUGGGAUCCCCCACUGACAUUAUGUGUCAGGCUUUAAACAUCAGUCCAGUUGAUAAUGAAGAGCUGGACAUAGUAUUGACUAAUAGCCUAGACAAAGCCAAAGUGGCUCUUUCGUCUUUUUGUCUAAAUCAACCGGAUAACGGAAAAAGAGAAGAAGAAUAUCCCACUCUGCUACAUUUCGCAGCACGUUACGAUCUGAAAAAUUUGAUGUGGGAAUUGCUGGAGUGUGUUGGUUCCAUUCAGGCUUUGUAUGUCCGUAAUCGUGACGGUUGUACUGCUCUUCAAUUGGCGGAAAUGAACGGUCACGAAGCCAUCGUCAAUUGCUUGAACAGUUUCCUCGAAGCAGUGGAAGCGGAUAAAGCAGAUUCCGAUAAAAAAGUUGGAAACUGGGACUACGUGCCAAUGGAUCAUUCCAGGAAAGUCGACGAUACUGAAAUCGGUGACUACGAUAAUUUACCCAAACCAAAACCUGUCCGCCACUUUGCCCCUGAUCACGCAGACGAGGUUUCAUUAGAACAUUCAAAUGAUCUCCACAACGAAUACAUAGUCGUCUUGCCUAAUGCCUCAAUGCAGCGAAUCCACGAGGGGCCAGAGAUAGAACGAAGUGCUGUUGAGGAACGUGCAAACGUAGAGACAUCCGGAAAGCUCUCAAGUUUGAAGCAAAUUAAGUCGAAGGAGGAAAAACGACAAAUACUGCCUCUAGAAGACAGUAGUGCCAGCGAUACGCUGCAAGACGAAGAAGCGUCUUGCAGUGCAGUUAAACCAACUAAUUGCCAGCCGUCUGCAUUCACCUCAGAACUUACUGCUACAGUUGUGGCAUCUCGUGGAUCAAGUCCAUUGUCUAAUUGGUCAUCGUCAGAUCGUUCGAGUGUCACAAGCCACCUGAGUCACGAUAGCGGCACUCACUUUGAAUCUUCGGAAGAAAAAAAAGUGCUGGCUAACAUCCAUAGUGACUAUGACGUCCUUCCAUCGACAACGAUUCUAAUGCCGCAUUUUGUAAUGCCAAACUAUGUUGUUCCGCCUCCGCCAAGGCCAGUGAACGGGAAAAACUUGGAAAUUAGAGAAAAUGAGGCUUAUGUUCCUAGUCAUCACCAACUGAUCAGGUCUUCGUCUCCCAGACUGACACCACGCCCCCCUGCAGAGUUUCGAAAUCCAUUUGAAACUAUUGAACUUAAUCCACGAGCCAGCCAGGCCGUUUUAGGAGAAGAUCUUGGAUUAAUAAUACCGAACGAAGAACCUGAGUUCAUGGAACAACCUCCUAUAUUAUUGCCUACGUAUUCAAAAAAUAAAGGCACUAGUCAAGCUAAUGAAGAACAAUCAGUUUACAUGGAGAUGACCCCCAGAUCGUCCCGAAAGUGCAUAUUAGAUGACAUAAACACUGAAAGUUCUUUUUUUAGCAGUACCGGUUUAGAGGAAGAUAACUACAUCACAACAGCGGAGCUGAACAUGCCUUCAAGUUGUUUGGCUAGUACUGUUCCUCGUAACAAAGGAGGGCUUGCUGCCAGGCAGCGAGCGCUGCUUCAAGCAACAAAAAACAUUUCGCACUCUGACAAUCAGCUUUUGGCAAGCAAUCUAGAAACUAUGUUAUCAGAUUGGUACUCGGACCCGUUUCUGGCUCCAACUCUACCAACGCCGAUACCUGCACCGAGGUCUCACGAUGCAAAUAUUAUUCCCCAGGUUCCACCUCGAUCAGCGAAACCGACUCCUAGUCCGUGUCGCAGUCCAAAAACCAACAGACGAAAGAUCUAAACAAUGUACAUUUAAGCUGAAAAGCUGAUCCGUUUUCCGUUUAACGAGAAUCUUCAUGGGGACAACUAAUUUUUUCUCUCCUCCACUUCCGUUCGUAAUGUUUGAUUGACUUUGUUUUCAUUGCCGCGUUUCAGUUAUCCCAACGGCGUGCGCCGAAUUGUUAUGUAUCUAGUCUUAUGUAUCGCAGUGGAUGCGGCAAAUUUUUAAAGUUGGCUAUUUAAAAAAUGGUAGUUUAUCUCAUUUUCAUAAUCCGUCUGAUUUGAUUAUGACGCAAUAGUUAGGAAGGAGUCAACUAAUGUUGCUGCGUAUCGUUUCGUGAGAAACUUACGCAAACCAUCAUCGUUUUUCUAUAUUUAUCGAAGUUCAAUUUCUUCAGUAUGAUGACUGUCAUUUGCUCUAUUCAAUACAUCGAAGAGUACGUA